ACAGAAUUCAUGGUGGAUAUGAAAUGCGAAGGUUGUGUUUCAGCAGUAAAAGAUAAGCUUCUAAAGCUUGAUGGAGUAAAAGGUGUUGACGUUGAUUUGAGUAAUCAAGUCGUAAGAGUUAUUGGAACUCUCCCUGUGAAAAUCAUGGUAGAUGCUCUGGAGCAGACAGGUCGAAAUGCCAGGUUGAUUGGUCAAGGCAACCCUAAUGACUUUUUAAUUUCUGCAGCUGUUGCUGAGUUCAAAGGUCCUGUCAUAUUUGGUGUUGUACGCUUGGCUCAGGUGAACAUGGAAUUGGCCAGAAUUGAAGCCAGCUUUAGUGGUUUGUCACCUGGUAAGCAUGGGUGGUCCAUCAAUGAAUUUGGAGAUUUGACUAGAGGAGCAGCAAGCACUGGGAAAGUGUUCAAUCCACCAGAUUAUUCCUUUCAAAAGCCACUGGGUGACCUGGGAACAAUAGAAGCUAGUGAGACAGAUGAAGCCCACUUCAUCGGUGCUAAACAGAUGAUUAGAGUUGCUGAUCUUAUUGGUCGUUCUGUUGUGGUUUAUGAAACUGAGGACAAAUCAGACUCAGGCAUUGCAGCUGCAGUAAUAGCGAGAAGUGCCGGAGUUGGUGAGAACUACAAAAGGAUCUGCACAUGUGAUGGUGUAACUAUAUGGGAGUCGAGCUAGAUUUUGUUCAAGUGGUUAGAUCUUGUGGUUGAUUAUGCUUGACAAGUUUGUGUCUUGAUUUUGUUCUUUUUUAUGUGUUGCUGUAUUGUAACUUUUCUGAAAACAAAUGAGGAGACAAAAUCUGCUGAAUAAAUUCAAGCGUUUGACUCAA